UUUCAGUUCUUUAUUUUUCAGUUUUUUUAUUUUUUAUUUUAAAUAUUUUUAUUUUAAAUUCGUCCAAGCAAUUCGUUUUAAUUUUUUUUAAACAAAAUAUGAAAUCAAGUGCUCACCCCCGUCGGGGUAUACAGCGCUCGCAGUCCCAUGGGCCGUCAGUUCUAUCCAACGAGACUGCCGCAAUUCCCAACAACGCCCAAAGUCCUCUCUUGGCCCCGAUUAUUCGUAACACCCAGCUGGUGCCGUAUUCUCCGUGGCGAGUGAUUCUGUAAGUGAAAAUAUGUAUUUCCAACAUUGUUAUGACACCACUGCGCGCAUAAAGGUGUGCUGGUAUUAGUGUCUUGACACAUACUCAACCCUAUGGCUUGUUUUUUCAUUGAUUAAUUUGGCUAGGUACAAACGGAAGACAGGUCAGCUUGUCAUGUACAACCAGGACAACAACGAAGUCGAGUUGCGGCACAUAGUUCCGCGAGGCCUGGGGCUUCCGCGGUCGCCACACAGGCUGGGUCAAACAUCAAGUGCUCUGACAGUAUCGGCUCCAAACAACCACAGCUCAGUCAAUAUUCAUGUUGAGGAUGCUCACAUAUGCCCAACGUGUUUGCAAAUAAUGCCUGCGCAUGCCACUACCACGCCCUGGCGUCCGCUCACGAGUCCUGAGGCGUCGCUGGACACUAUGGCCACCACAACCGCCGACAGAGAAUACUUUGAGUUUCUGGCACGAUCUCUGAGACCGCGACAGCCAACGCUAGCGCUUGAGGGCAAAGGCGGCUAUCGCAGGCCGCCAACUGCGGUUCGGCGCUCCCUGCGCAUGCCAACCGAUCGCGCUGGCUUUGAGGGCAGCGACGCUGGAUACAACAUCAGCCACAGUGAUCUAGAAGAUUCGAUGCGUGUUCCGUCUAUGGCUAGCGACAACGACGACGACAACCCUAUCAGCGGUGGGUCUUCCCCCGAGAGCACAGCAGCUGCCAGCGGUGUAUCGGCAAACUCGUUCAACCAGGGCUACUACGAACGCUUUUUCACAGAACAAAACAAACUCGGCAAGGGGCUACGCGGCUCGGUGUUUUCGUGCCAGCAUAUAUUGGAUGGCGUGUACUUGGGCCACUAUGCCGUCAAAAAGGUGGCAGUGGGCAACAACCACCAGUGGCUCAGGCGCAUGCUGCGCGAGGUCAAGCUGCUGGAGAGUCUACGGCACCACAAUGUGGUCGAAUACAAGCACUCAUGGCUCGAGAUGCACCAGUUGACAAGCUUUGGGCCGAAUGUGCCUUGCCUAUUCAUCCUCAUGGAGUAUGCCAACGGGGGCAACCUGCAGGAGUUCAUGGAGCCCAAGGCAUUUGCGGCCGGAACCGGCAGUUCAACCAUGUCUUGGAAGCAAAAGAUCCUUCAGCAGCGGCGUCAAAGCCGCAUUGAAGGAGGCGUAUCAGCUCCUGCCAAACCAGAUACAGCUCCCGGCGCAUCACAGACCAACCAGCGUAUGCUCACUAUUAAUCAGAUUCGGUCCUUGUUUGCGGACAUUUGCAACGGCUUGGCGCACCUGCACCAGUUGAAGAUCAUACAUCGUGAUCUGAAGCAUAUGAAUCUACUGCUGCAGUGGAAGGAUCCGGACAAUAAGGAGACUAGCGGCGAGAUUCCGCGCAUAAUGCUAACGGAUUUCGGCGAAUGCGAGGAUCUGUCGCAUCUGGAGAAGCGCGACCGGACGGGGGCUACAGGGACGCUUGAAUUUAUGGCACCUGAGCUUCUGAUGGUCGACAGCACCGGUCGUUUCUUAGACAGCUACUCAACAAAGUCCGACAUGUGGUCACUGGGCAUGGUGCUCUACUACCUGUGCUACUCCCGGCUGCCUUACAUUGACAUUGACGAUUUCGACAGGCUGCGGAGUGACGUGCUGAGGUUCAGAAACGUGGACUUUUCCGAGACACAGCGUCCUGGGGGCGCCGAGGACAUACCCCUCGAUCUGCGCCAGAUAAUGCAGCAGUUGCUUGACCACAACGAGGACAGGCGGCCCGAUGUCGGUGAGGUCAUCAGAAAGAUCAACGAGCAUGAGGAUCUCUGUCGCUCUCGGGCUCGCGACGAUUCGCGCUUUGAGCUCCAAGAUUUGAACAUGACGAGCAGCUUUGGCGGCGAUACAUCAGGGAUACAGACUCCCCAGCCUAGAGCUACUGAGAAGGCUCCCAAGCAUAAGGUUACGGCUGCUGACUCGCAGGCGCUAAUCAUUUCGCCCCAGCCGCACACGCUCGGGACCUUCAGCGACCAUAUGCAGAUGCGCGCACCGCCAAGCGCCGAUACGCGCAUUUCUGAGAUAUUCAGGCGGCAUAGCGCAGACGGAUCGUCUUGCGCUAGCUCGCGCCCGCAAUCGCCGGACAGGCACGGCUACUCGUCGACGCCGUCGUCUGACGAAUGCUGGGCCGACUUUGAAGAGCCGGCGCCGGGUGUUGCUGCAAGCAAAGGUAUUAGUGUCAACAGCGAAACCGAUAUGUUGCAUUCUGAACCCAGCCAAAAGCGAGAUCGCACCGACGCGAAGACGCCAGAUGUGCCCUCGGCCAAGCGGCCGCGCUCGACACCACCGCGGCUGAUAGCCGAAGCAAGCGCAGUGAAUAUCGACCCUGCCUUCUGUGCCAAAACGGCCAUUCUGCUGGCCAAGAUGUACGCGCUGCAAAUCAUGGUGGGUGGGAACACUGCUGACAGAAGCGAGUGCAGCGCGACAAUGCCCGCUCUGACGGGGCUUACACUUGUGCUGUCCGCGCUCGACAUUCACCAGCACAGCUCGUUACAGCUAUCGCUGAUCCUGCUGCUCGUGAACAUUUGUGUCGUGUACUUGGGGCUCUAUUUGUGAACAUUUUGGUCAAUAAAUUUAAAAAAUAUAUAUAUAUAUAAAAUAA